UAAGACUACAUUCAAUUGUCAAGUUCUUGUGAUGGAAUCUUACACCUAACAACAAUAUAGCUGUUUUCAGUGUUUAGAAAGGAAAAACAGCGACCAAAAAAUGGCCGUGGGAGGAUUCUCCGUUGAUGCUUCUUCAACCAUGGCCUUCGACGGCAAGAUCACAGUCUCCGUUCUCAUCACUUGCAUCGUUGCUGCAUCCAGUGGCCUAAUUUUCGGAUACGACAUCGGAAUCACAGGAGGUGUUACCACCAUGAAACCAUUUCUUGAAGAAUUCUUUCCAUCGAUAUUAAGAAAGUCUGCCAGAGCUGAAAGAAACGAGUAUUGUGUGUAUGAUAAUCAGCUGUUUACACUAUUUACGUCCUCCCUUCAUCUGGCGGGAUUAAUAUCCUCUCUCUUGGCCAGUCGUGUCACCACCGCGUUGGGUCGGAGAAACACCAUGGUCUUUGGUGGUUGCAUCUUUUUUGCCGGUGGUGCCAUCAAUGGUGCUGCUCAAAAUAUUUUCAUGCUCAUCUUAGGUCGAAUCUUACUUGGCUUUGGGGUCGGUUUCACUAAUCAAGCAACGCCAGUGUACUUGUCGGAAAUCGCUCCACCCAGAUGGCGAGGCGCGUUCAACACAGCCUUCCAGUUCUUCAUCGGACUCGGCGUGGUGGCGGCGAACUUCAUAAACUACGGAACGGCGAGGUUUCCAUGGGGGUGGCGCGUGUCACUGGGCCUCGCCACGGUCCCCGCAAUCAUCAUGACAAUUGGUGCCUUGCUAAUCCCGGACACUCCCAGCAGCCUAAUAGAACGCGACCACAUAGAUGAAGCCCGAAAUGCCCUUCGCAAAGUUCGGGGCUCCGCCGUUGACGUGGAACCCGAACUCCAAGAACUCAUCAAAUCGUCGCAGGUUUCCAAAGCCAUUGAAAAGGAAAGUGUUAGGACCAUUUUUGAGGAACAAUAUCGGCCUCAGUUGGUUAUGGCGUUCGCUAUUCCACUGUCUCAGCAGCUUACGGGGAUCAACAUUGUGGCCUUCUAUGCUCCUAACCUCUUUCAGUCUGUGGGCUUAGGAAAUGACUCUGCGUUGCUUUCCGCCGUUAUACUCGGACUCGUCAACCUCUCUUCCAUCCUCGUCUCAACUGCGGUUGUCGAUCGCUUUGGCAGAAGAUUCUUGUUCAUAGCUGGUGGCCUUCAAAUGCUUCUGUGCAUGCUUGCGGUGGCUAUUGUGCUGGCAGUGGCGAGUGGUGUUCAUGGUACAGAGAACAUUUCAAAGGACAACACCAUAUUGGUACUAGUGUUGUUUUGCUUCUACGCUGCAGGUUUUGGUUGGUCCUGGGGCCCUCUUUGCUGGCUAAUUCCAAGCGAGAUUUUUCCCUUAAAGAUAAGAUCUACUGGACAAAGUAUAGCUGUUGCAGUGCAAUUCUUCACCGUGUUUGUUCUAUCUCAGACUUUCUUGACAAUGCUUUGCCACUUUAAGUUUGGGGCUUUCCUCUUCUAUGCGAGUUGGAUUGCAGUCAUCACCAUCUUUGUCAUACUGUUCUUGCCCGAGACCAAAGGAAUUCCUUUGGAUUCAAUGUAUGCAAUUUGGAGCAAACACUGGUAUUGGCGAAGGUUUGUUGUCAAAGGACAAGUUAGCCAAUAUAAUCUUCCAAUGAAUAAUUAGUAUUAGUACAUAUAAUAUGUUUGGUCUAAUUUGUAGGUCUAAAAUAAAAUCUUGUAUACUGUGGCUACAUGCAUAAUGUAUAUGAAUGCAUGAAAGCCUAUAAUAUAUGGUUGGAUGUAUUUGCA